AAAAUAUAAACUAAAGCUUCUUGCUAUAUAUUAAAAAAUAUCUAUAUUUGAAUAAAAACUAAUCGAUAAUAAAAAAGUGGUGAUGUGCAUCUCGCCUAAUUACACUCUCGUCUUUCGUGCUGAUUCUCACUAAUUUUUACAUAACCGGUGUUUGGCAUUUCAGUUCUGCGUUGAAACAAUAUGGCUAGCGCUAAUGACAGCUGCACAUUGUGCCAAAAGAUUGGUCUUAAACCAUUUACAAAAGAAAACAUCUACAACUACUAUAUUCCCUUGCAUGGCUUGGUCUCAUAUGGAAUACUUUCCGUUAACGUUAUGAAUCCAUCAAUGGCUUUGAAAUUUUUACCAAAAAAGGACUUAACAAAUGCACUCUUAGUUAGCAGCAUAGCAGGCACAGCCUUUUACAUAUAUGGACGACCACAUUUGGGAAAAGUGCCUAGUGGUAAGCGCAGCAUGUAUGCAUUGUUGGGAAGCAGCCUGUUCAGCAUGGGAUCAGUUUUGGCUUGGGCAUUGAUAAAAUCUGCGCUACCAAAGGACAAUGCUGCGUUGGCCACUAUUGCAGGCAUUGCAACCGGAGCCGCAAUUGUGAAAUUAAGUACCGACUAUAUAAACGAAACAGAUAAAUUGGCUUAAAUUAGUGAAUAAUCAUCAUUUUGAGACGACUUCAGUGAUUUUGGCAACCAUCUCGUGUAAUUGCUAACAUUUAUAAAUUUUUUAAGUUACUUAUAUUUUAUAGUCAUUAUGCAUAAAUAAAAAUGUAAGCAAUUUCAA